ACGUUUAGAACUUAAUGCCAUUUGAACUACUGAUUUCUUACGUUCCAACUAAUAAAUAUAAUGUUAGUUAAUGUCAUUAAUGAAUGUUAUUACAGAGUAAAGCUCACUUAUAUGUGAUUCUUGAGUUGUAGAUGCCUUCAUUGGGAAGCUUCAUUGGCUGCUCCUCAAAAACUAGUACGCUACAACAUUUUUGGGCAUUCAUUUAUUCGGAGAAAGCAUUUUUGCAUUUUACUUAAAAGGAUAGUUCACCUAAAAUUAAUAUAAUUUGCUUACCCUCAUACCGUUCUGUGGAACAGAAAAGAAGAUAUUUUGAAAAAUGUCUUAUUGCACAUACAGUGACAGUCAAUGUGGUCCAAUUUUGUUUUGGACAAAAAACAAAUCUUCAACAAAAUGUGUCUUCCUAACAAAAUAUCUUCUUUUAUGUUUCAUAGAAGAAAUAAAAUCAUAAAGGAUUGGAACUUCACAAAAGCGAGUAUAUGAGAACAGAAUUAUAUAAUUUUUUUAGUGAAUUGUUCCUUUAAAUGAAUGACAAAGGAAAACUUUCAUAGUGUUUUUCAUAACCAAACAACACUUUCAUUAAAAGUUUUCAGGUUCUCCAAAAUUAAAACCAAACUAAAUAGUAAAAUAAAAAAUAAUUGUCAUAGUUGAGGUUGUGGACUUAAAUGUUUUCAUAGAAGUAUGAUUAUUUAAACUUUAUAGUUAUCCUCCUUGGUGUAAACAGGCCUUCAAAAAGUUGAAGCUGACUUUAGGAGUCUGCUUAAUGUACUUAAGCCAGGUCAGCAGUUGGACGCAGAUGAUAAAUGAGGCUGUUUACUCUCCUCUGGUCAUGCUUUGAGAUGCUGCAGCCUUAAUUGCAUUACCUAACUGGCCUGAGUACUUGCUCAUGUCUGUUAUUAGAAGUUCACCAGUCAACCAUCAAACCGGACAAUCCAAGCCCUAAUUUGCCAAAGCACUUGGUGAAUAAAUUAAUAUGCCAGAGCUGAAAGAAAUGAGAUUGUUCUUAAGGAGCCGGGCAGAAGCGUGAUGUCUUGGUUAGUGUGAUUUAUGACCAGAGGCGCCCCAUAAGCUCGAUUCAUGCGAAUUAUGUAUGCGAGUGCAGAGAAUGAAUCAACAGCAGUGGGAGUGUGCAGCAUGGCUUGCUUUUGGCCUCGUAAUUAGCAGAUGGUGAGUAUGGAUGCAUAAAAUUUUCAUUCAUAAUGUUAGACUGUGAAUGAGCUCACUUUCUUGCAGGAUGGAACGGAUUUGGUGUGCCAUCUGAUAUGACAUCAUUGCCAUCUUGCUGCACGUGCCUGUCCUCAUCACAACUGAACCAUGGGGUCAUACCGAAAGCCCAGGCCCCGUUUCAUGAGCUCGCCUGUGCUGUCAGACCUCGCCCGCUUUCAUGCCAGCUCGCCAACAUUGCAGCUGUCCAACGCUAGUGUUUGGAACAGUGUUCAAUCGGCUGUAAUUAAAGUCUUCCAAGGUGGGGGGCUGCAGUCCAAUGAGCUCUACACCCUGAAUGAAAGCAUACGGUGGCUUUUGAGGACCGAGUUGGGAUCAUUUAUCACAGAGUACUUUCAGGAUCAGCUCUUGAAUAAGGGUCUGACGGAUAUUUUGGAGAAGAUUCAGCUUCAUAAUGAUGAAAAUCGUCUCCAAGCGCUGUCUGAGGUGUGGGUGAGGUUUUUCUCAGAGAUCCUGCCAACUCUUCAAGCUAUUUUUUACCCUGUGCAGGGUCAGGAGUUGACUGUGAGGCAAAUGUCUCUGCUAGGCUUCAGGAACAUGGUUCUGUUGAAGCUUCCUCUGGAGAACAUGUUUCAGGGCUCCUCAUACCCUCCUCCAAUCACACAGAUGCUGCUGAUCCUGCAGGGCAUUCAUGAGCCUAAUGGACCUACGCAAGAGUAUUUCCGACUGGAGAGACUGGUGGACAUGGUUGUAUCUCCCUACCUGAGUAACUACCUCUACAUGAGCCCUAGCGAUUCCUCUUCAGAGGAUCAUCUAGAAGGCUUGAGACUGGUUAACACACCACACCUCAAUCAUCCUGAGAUUAUGGUGACACACUUUGCCCAUGAGUCCUUCCUGGCACCUCUAAUCGAACACGAAGGUGAAGCCUAUUUGGAAAGAACCGGCGGCGGCCGACGCCACACUGUCGCCAAUGUGCAUUCGGACAUCCAGCUGCUGUCCAUGAAAAACAGGAUGUGUUCAGAAAAAGUCGAGGUCAGUGGGGCAGCCAGGACGACCAAGAGCAAAAAGACACCUAAGAGUUUCUGCAGCGAACCGACAUUUUUUGACUCCCGGCCAGGUGGCGUGGAAAUCCUUCGAGGGCAAAGCACUGCAGAGAUAAAGUGUGGCUUAACUAGUUAGAAAUCUCUCUUUCUCUCAAAACGCCCACUGCGAUCUUCUAAAGUUAUGAUAACUGAGACAAGCUAGAACCUGUUCAUUUAAUACAAUAUAAAGUCUACUGUUUUGGAAAUAGGCAGUAGUUUGUGUGCUAAAUACUGUUUGGCCUGUCAGUUUAGCCUUUUUUUUAUAAGGUUAGAGGGUGGAGGAUUGUUAAAGAAGUCUUCGGUUUAGCUCUUUCUUGUAAAGCACACCGAGUGUCACUUUUUUUCAGUUGUGGAGGUGGUAAAGCUGUGUGAAAAUACGCUCUGGUGAGCUCACGGUUUACAGAGGUACAGCAAAAGCCAUACUGAGACGCAUGAGAUCACAAACUGAUCUGCGCUUACUUGCAGUUCCUGUCUUUUACCUACUCUUUCUUAAGCGUUCUUGUGGUUUUGUUUCCUUUUAGUGGAAACUAAACAGGCUGACAUGAAGAAAAAGUGGCAUUUUAGUCUUUUUAUUAAUAUUUUGUUUUAUUUUAUGGAAUUUUAAUAUUAUGGUAAUUUAAAAAAAUGCAUUUAAGUGUGAAUGUAAAAUAAUGUAUAUAUUUGUAGUAAUAAAUUUAAUGAGGAAAGUGAUUUUAAAUUCA